CUGCAUUGUUCGUGAAGUAGAUAUUCGCUCUUCGGCUUUGCUGCUUCGCGUGGGGUAGGGCUUCGAACGAGUCGCUUGCCAUUGGUUGUCUAGGGUUUUCUUUUCCUCUUAUGCGUUUAUUCGUUGCUGUUCUUCUUCGGGUGAAGCAUAGUUCUGAAAGAGUCGAAGCUUCUCCGCCUCCUCCUCCGACGUUGUUCCUGUCGGGUUCGAAGUUGCGCUGGGAGCUCUCCGUGAAGGUGACGAUAUAUCUUCCCUUUCGCCCGCUUCUUCGGUCCGAUUCACGAAUUCCGCAAAAAGUCCGAUUUAGAAAAUCCGGGAUUUGGGGCAAAAAUGGCGAAAGUAGAGAUUAGACUUACUGUUUUAGCUUAAAUCCUGUUGAAAUCCUGCUACCAUACAGUCCCGCAUGGCUGAUACGAGGAAGAGAAAGAAGGUUCAGAAUGGUGGAUUGGUUAGGGAUAACUGCCCUGCCACAGUAUUUGUUUCAAAUCUCCCGUACUCGUUUCAGUCUUCUCAGCUGGAAGAUGUAUUUAGCGAGGUGGGACCUGUGAGGCGCUGCUUUGUGGUAACAAAGAAGGGAUCUGAUGCAAAUCGUGGAUUUGGGUUUGUGCAAUUUGCUACUGUGGAAGAUGCUCAGCGUUCCAUCCAAAUGAAGAGUGGAUUAGCAAUAGGUGGUAGAAAAAUAAAAGUUGAAAUUGCAAUGCAUCGGCUUUCUUUAGAUCUUCGCUUGAAGAAAGCAAAGAAUGAAGAAACAAAUGCGAGUGGAGCAAAUCAAGCAUGCAAAGUUGACAAAAAGGAACUUUCAACCCCAUAUGCAUUAGGACUUGUCAAGAAUGAAAAAGCUUCCAGUGAAGUAUUUGUUCCAAAUAGUUCCUCUAUUGAUAAAGAAGACGGAUCUGAAAGGCAGAGGGUUGCUAGGACAGUGGUAUUUGGAGGUCUUCUUGGUUCUGAAAUGGCAGUUGAAGUACUUCGCCGGGCAGGAGAGGCUGGAAACAUUUGUUCAAUAACCCAUCCGUUUCCAAAGGAAGAACUUGAUCGUUAUGGACUUGCUAGAGAUGGUUGCAAGUUGGAAGCUGCAUCUGUACUUUAUAAAAGUGUCAAAGCAGCACGCCUUGCUGUUUCAAUGUUUCAUCAACAAGAGAUAAAGGGUGGAUGUGUUUGGGCACGCCAAUUGGGUGGCGAGGGUUCAAAAGCAAGAAAGUGGAGAUUAAUAGUCAGAAAUCUGCCUUUCAAGGUCACAAUUAACGACAUCAAAGAUCUUUUUUCAACAUCUGGUUUUGUUUGGGAUGUGUAUAUUCCGAAUAGAACAGAAGAAGGGGUAUCCAAGGGCUUUGCUUUUGUCUCUUUCACAUGUAAGAAGGAUGCAGAAAAGGCCAUCCAAGACAUCAACGGUAAAAUGGUUGCUAAAAGACCUAUUGCAGUUGAUUGGGCAAUCCCAAAAAAGAUAUAUACGAAUGCCACCAAAUCUACUACUGAAGAGGUGAAAUCAACUGAUGCAAAUGAAGAUUAUGAUGAGAGCAUUGGUAUUUCAGUUGCUGAAAUUGAUGCUGAUGUUAUAGAAGAAACAGAGAAUCACAAUGAUAAUGGUGAUGCAGAUGAGACAGCUUCUGGUUCCAAGGGAGAUGACCUUCCUACGGAAGUUGAUUUUGGGAUUGAGGCAGAAGUUGCAAGUAAAAUUCUUGAAAAGUUGAUUAAAUCAUCUUUAAGCGCCAGAAGUCAUGAGGCAACUGAUGGUGUUGAAAAAGAGAAAGCAGUUAUUUCCGUCAGCAGGGAGGCUUUUGUUCCUGGGAGACAGUUAUGUACUGCUGAAAAAAGAGGUUUGGAACGGCAGGAGCAUACAUUUGAAAACAAUAACAAGAAAGAAGGUGACCUUGAUAGAACUAUUUUCAUAAGCAACUUACCAUUUGAAAUUGAAAGUGAGGAGGUGAAGCAAAGGUUUUCUGUAUUUGGCGAGGUGCAAACUUUCGUGCUUGUGCUCCAUCAACUCACCAAGAGACCAAGAGGUACUGCUUUUCUAAAGUUUAGAACAGCAGCUGCAGCUGAUGCAGCAAUUUCUUCUGCAAAUGAUGCAAAUGGUAUAGGAAUUAUCCUGAAAGGAAGGCCACUUAAAGUUUUAAAAGCUUUGGACAAGGAAUCUGCUAGGAAGAGAGGGCUUGAAAAUAUAAAAAAUGUGGUUCAAGACCGGCGUAAUCUAUAUUUGACAAAGGAAGGUGAAAUCCUUGCUGACAGCCCAGCUGCUGAAGGUGUAUCUAAGGCUGACAUGGAGAAGCGUGAGACGUUGGCCAAAAAGAAAAUUGAAAUGCUGCGAUCUCCAAAGUUCCAUGUAUCCAGGACAAGACUUGUUAUAUAUAAUGUGCCAAAGACGAUGACUCAAGAGGAAGUGAAGAAGAUGUGUAUAGAUGCAAUCCUUUCACGGGCUUCAAAGCAGAAUCCGGAAAUUCAAAAGGUAAAACUCUUGAAUGAUGAUAAAAAAAAAGAAGCUUCUACGAAGAAACAUUCACGUGGUGUUGCAUUUGUUGAUUUUAAGGAGCAUGAGCAUGCUCUUGUGGCACUAAGAGUCCUCAAUAACAAUCCAGGGACAUUUGGUGCAGAGCGUCGUCCUAUUAUAGAGUUUGCUUUGGAGGACCUCAAUAAAUUAAGACUACAGAAAGUGAAAUUAGAUUCUUUAAAGCGGAAGAAUGAAGAUUCAGACGGACACAGAAAUUCUGAUCAUGCUGAGAAAGAAGGAAAGAAGCUACACAAAAUAAAGCAUCAGAGAAGUAAAAAUAAAGCGUCCCAAAUGCGUGAACCUACUGAAUUGACCAGAGAUAAGACACAGUUGCUUGAGAAGGGUCAUAAUGGAGAAACAAGCAGAAAGGAAAUUGAGGGAGGAAAAAAGAACAGAUUUUCUUCUAGGAAAAUGCCUGACUCUGUGAAAACAAAUAAAUUGAAAUUAGCCGUGAAGCCAAACUCUGAAGUUAGCUUAAGAAUCAAACAAAAACAAUCAAAAGCAGAGAAAAGAGUUCAUUCGGGGCAAGCUUUUACAGAGACCUAUAAUGGCGGAUCCACUGAAGAAUCAAUUGAAAAAUCCAGGAAAAGGAAGCUUAGAGUUGUUAAUGAUUCAAAACAGAAGAGAAAGAAAUUGUCAAAACCAGAAGAAGUGGAUAAACUAGAUAGGCUAAUUGAACAAUAUCGAUCCAAGUUCUCGGGUAUUAAAUCAAGCAAAUCCGAAGGUGCUGCUCAAACUGGCGGUCAUAAAGAGGUGAGAAGAUGGUUCGAGUUGGCUUAGUGAGAUAGACUUCCCUUGAGAUGAUUGAUGCUUCAGUAGCUGUACAGAAUCAACUGUAAGUAGGUUAUAAAUUUUGGUAGUUAGUAAUUCUCGCGCAUUACCUUUCUCGUGUUUUAAGAUUUUCUGCAGCACCUAAUCUUGUGAAAGACUCGCCAUUUUCAUGGUGGGAAGCCUAUUUAUAUAUAGAUUAUACUGCUAAAAAUCAUUCUUUGCAAAUA